GGCCAGUAAAAGUGUGGAUGGGACAGCAGCAGGUUGGAAUUCGCUGCAAGGGUGUGUGGAGGCGGGGAACAGCGAACACCAAGAUACACCUUGGAGCUCAAUGCAAGACAGUGAAAGGAGACGCUUUCUAUGGAUUGUGAUUGAGACAUUCAUUCUUAUUGGCUUUGGUUGUGCUAGUGGCAGAGAAAGAGGAUUAUUGAAAUAUGGCUGGAAGGACACUGCACUUGUACGCAUUUGUAAUUUGCGUAAUUCGAUCGAGCAUUGGAUUUAACAUUGACGUGCAGUUCCCGGUCAUCAAAGAAGGAAAAACCAAGGGCAGUUUCUUUGGAUUUUCUGUUGCAUUGCACAAACAGACCGCAAAGACAAAGCAGAACUUGCUCUUGGUUGGAGCUCCCCAAGAGAAAGCCCAGCCCCAACUCAGCAAACUCAACAUCAAUGAAACUGGCGCUGUGUAUUAUUGCCCCAUCACUGUCGAACAGGACGACUGCAGAAGGAUGGACCUCAUCAGUCCACCUGAUUCAACAGAGAUGGUGGAGGGGAUGUGGCUGGGAGUGACUGUGGCAAGUCAAAGGAAUGGAGGACGUGUGCUGGCAUGUGGUCAUCGCUAUGUAAAAAAACUUCAGGGUUCAGAGGAACAGCAGCGUAUGGUUGGCAAGUGUUAUGUGCGGGGCAACGACCUGACCUACGACUCCUCUGAUUACUGGCAGUCUGAAACUUAUGAGCUGUGUGACUUCAACUAUGAUCAGAACCUGGAAGGCAUGUGUAACAUGGGCAUCUCAGGGGGCAUGACGGAAAAUGAUGUGUACUUUGGGACCACUGGCAGCUUCGUGUGGCAAGGUAAUGUCCAUAUGAAAUGCAGGGACACUGACUCAGAUUUUGCUGGGGAUGCCAGUGAGAAAAGCUUUGGGAUGCUUGGGGAGGACAGGCUAAACAUCUACAUUGGAUACUCUGUGCUUGAAGACAUAAAGUUACUGGAUCGCACAAAGUAUACUGUAGUUACAGGAGCUCCUAGAGACAACUUCAAGGGCUCAGUGAUCCUGGCAAAACAAGACACAGUUCUUGAACCACUGAUGACCAUUCCAGGGGAACAAGUAGGGUCAUACUUUGGCAGCUGCUUGGCGGCAACAGACCUCAACAACGAUGACUGGAAUGACCUAAUCGUUGGGGCGCCAUUCUACUUUGACCGCUACAAGGAGGAGGGCGGAGCUGUCUACAUCUUUAUGAAUGAAAACGGGUCCUUCCGGGGAAAAGCCAGCAUGGUUCUGAAGGGUAAAAAAGGUUCAGCAUUUGGAUUUGCUGUUGCCGCAGUGGGGGACGUCAAUCAGGAUGGAUUUCAAGAUAUUGCGGUCGGUGCUCCUUUCCAUGACUCUGGAAAAGUCUAUAUAUGGAUGGGAGGCAAAAAAGGAAUAGCUAAUGAAUCCAGCCAGGUGAUUGAGGGAAAAUCAUUAGGUCCCAGUGGUUUUCAGACGUUUGGCUACUCUCUCAAUGGAGGAAUGGAUAUGGAUGGAAAUGAUUACCCUGACAUUUUGGUGGGCUCCUUGGACGACCGCAUCGCUCUUUUAAGGGCACGUCCGGUCAUCCACCUGUCUAAAAACUUGACAGUGGAGCCCAAGAUUGUGAUCCCAAGUCAGUGUGUUGAUCCCUGCAUAAAGGUGAAGGUGUGUUUCUGGUACACUCUCAGCAAUGGAAACAAAGCCUUCAAGAAGGACAUCACUGUGAAAUACACCGUAGAGGCCGACUACAAUCGCCGUGGCACCCGAGUCCGUUUCCUUGACAACAAGCAGAGCACUUUUACAGGCCUUCUCUCCUUCUCUGCACCCAUGUGUCAAGAGCUAGAACUUAGUGUUAAUAGCCCUGUGAGUGACAAACUUCAGCCUAUAGUGUUCUCUCUUAACGUGUCCCUAAAUGAACAAACUCCAAAAGCACAACAAACAUUACAAAAUCUGGAUGCUUUUCCGGUACUGAGCGGACAACAGAUCCUUACAGACAGAACUGAGAUUAACUUUCACAAGGAGUGUGGUGCUAAUAACAGGUGUAGCAGUAACCUGCAUCUGAAGAUCAAGUUUGCAGAUGAGAAUUAUGUUCCAUUCCCAAGUCAGGGAGACAGUCAGAUCAUGGAGUUCAACAGUAAUAUUAAAAAGCUGGUGAUGAUGGUGGAGGUUACUAACAUGCCAGAUGGAGACAGAGAGGCCGAGGAUGCCCAUCAGGCAAUGCUCAACAUCAGCAUUCCCCACUCACUCAAGUACUCAGGGGUUCGAGCUCAGUCUGGUUUUGAUAUUGAGUGCAGCUCUGACGAGACAGUUAUAUGCGAUCUGGGAAACCCAUUUAAAAGCAGUCAGAAGGCUUCAUUGAUCUUCAUCUUUGAAACCUCUGGAAUAACACUUUACACAGAGCAAAUUGACUCUCAGCUUCAGCUGUUCACUAUAAGUGAGCAGAAUGAUCUGUAUCCGGUGCCUGUCACUCUGAAAGUGAAGAACACUGUCCUCACUUCCUUCUCCUUAGAACGGCCUGUGGUGGACACGUCCUUCAGUGGCACUGUGAUUGGAGAAUCUGCCAUGAACAGCACCAGUGAUGUGGGAAGUUCAGUGGACUUUGUGUUUCAUGUUAGAGUUUUAGGAGAACCUCUGGGAGACAUGGGAACACUGAUGAUUGACUUUGAAUGGCCCUUUGAGCUAACCAAUGGGAAAUGGCUGCUGUAUCUCACAGAGAUUGUCAUCAAUGGAACGUCAGAGUCGCGGUGUGUCCCACAGGGAAAGAUUGUGAACCCACUCAACCUCACACUGUCAGAUCAAGGUACUAAAAGACUGAAGAGAGAUGUGGACGUCAGUUUUCCUAAUGCAGAAUCCGCUGUCACUAUCCUGAAACCUCGUAAAGUGACCCAUCUGCUGGAGUGUUCAAAGCAGACAGCGCACUGUCUAACCUUCUCCUGCCCACUGCGGAACAUGUCAACUCUAGCGGAAAUCAAAGUCAGGUCACGUGUGUGGAACAGCACCAUGCUGGAGGAUUACACCAAUGCCUUGCGAGUGCAAGUAAGGGGUCAGGCCGUACUGAGACUGGUUACGAAUAAACCGACCAUCAAAAUGGACAGUCAGACCAGAAAGUUUUUAGUAAACAUUGAUCCAGUGCUGGGAGAGGAGACGCCAUAUGAAGUUCCUCUCUGGAUAAUCAUUGUUGCAGCGGUUGCCGGGAUACUGUUAUUAGGCAUUAUCAGUCUAAUUCUGUGGAAGUGCGGUUUCUUCCGACGGGCCAACAGGAGAGAGAUGUAUGAGGCCAAAUCCCAGAAAGCAGAAAUAAAGAUCCAGCCCUCUGAGACAGAGAGGCUGACGGAGGAAUACUAACACUGCAGGGGCCUGUCGGCCUCUAUGGCAGCAUCAUUAGGGCCCAUCGUGCGGUUUCUUCAAGAGGGCUGUCUACUACAAGAUCAUGCCAAAGUACCACGGAGUGAAAGUACGUAGAGAGGAACACUAUAAGUAUAACCUGGCCUUUCAGCCCGAGCAAGAACUGAGCAAGAAACUCUGGGUCACCAACUGGAUGGAAACACAAGAAUAUUACUAUUGAACUCUUCACCUGACCCCUCCCACAGAGCCACGGGAGUGUGGCGAUUGGAGGAUUUCCUUUAUUAACCCCACCUCAACUAAACAGACACUGGAAUGUUGGCUCUUGGAGCUGUCACACAUUGAGCUAUUAAUAUUUUGUUUUGAAUUGACCCAUGAAUUGCUUGAAAAACAUUAAAGGUAUUGUCAAGAUCAAUUGGGGCAUUUGAUGAAAUCUGGGACACACCUCAUCAUUCUGAUGAAUUGAUUUAUUUUCCAAUUGCUUAAUUUUCAUGAACUGCUUGGAAUGUAAUUUUAAUUUUUAUUUUUUUGCCUUGCUUGGUUCAACAUGCAUGCUUUAUUUCAACCUGAUUUGUCAUUCCACUAUGAUAGCUUUUUUCUAAUAUAAUCAAGGGGAUUUACUACUAACUUUCCCCAUUACGUUGAAGUCAGAAGUUUACCUACCAAAAGCAGACAGGAAUGCUGGCUUAUUACAUACAAAUAUUUACUCACCGUCAUGAUGUUCCAAAACCCCUAUGGCUUUCUUUUUCUGUGGAACUCAAAGGGUGAUAUUUGGUAGAAUGUUAGUCUUAGUCACCAUUCACUGUUAUUGUAUGGAUAAAUCAAGUGUUUAUGUUCCACACAAGAAAAGUCAUACGGUUUUAGAAUAAUAUGAGUGAGUAAAUAAUAAGAGAAUUAUUAAAGUCCCUUAAAGUUACAUAGAGAAAAAUUACAUUUUGUAAUUUGUUUCACACACUACCUUGCAAACUCAUCAACAUCACUUUGUUCAUUCUUGAAGAAGUACAAAAACCUUUGUAAGUUUGGUGUGUUUGGUGACUAGAUUCUCAACUUUGGACUGCCACCUGCACCGCAUUGAUGCGUCCUGUGUGUGAUACCUGUGCCUUGUUCUUCCCGUGACCCCGUUGUGGUCUCCCAAAGCUAUUACGCCACAUUAAAUGGAAGGCCAACUUAGAGAGAUUUAAAAAGCACACGAUUAGACUUCUAAUUUAAAUGUUGACUAAUGUUAAAAUAUUGAUGCCUCAAAAAUGUGUUACAUUUUAUGUCAUUCCUACUUUUCACCAAUUGUGAACACUUAAGGAAAUAGACAGGCUUUCCAGUUCAAUUAAAUCAGAUUUAUUUUUUGGCUGGGUGGCUGUGUUUGUAAUAGCCAUGUAAGAGAAAUAUCCCUUUUUCCAUGAAUAUUGACAGACCAAAGUGUUUUAAGUGUGUAGAGUGUUUGCCCACCAUUAGUGUGGUGAAUCUCAUGAUGUCCAGGUCAUAUUUCAAUAUCAUUUUUUUUUUUAAUCUUUUAAUUUUGGGAUGAACUAUGAUCUGGAGUUUUUGUGAAAUUCACCAAGUUAGUAUUUCUCAAUUUAGUUUAAAUUUACAGAUUUAAAGUAAUUUUGUAGUCAUAUUCAAUUUCACAAAUUUUUCUCUUAUGUUUUUAGGGUGGUUUUUAUUUGCCUCAUAGUUACUGUCAAAGAGUAUUGUGUUGAUAACUAAUGUACUGUCCUGUUGGUGUCAUAUUUCAGAGUGAAGAAUGUAGAUUUUAUGCUGAACAAAUGCUAUAAAAUUUUCUAUAAAAA